AUGGACUCCGCCGGCAACAGACAGCAGCGUCCCGCCUUCCCCGGCUCCGCCUCGCAAGUCAGCUCGGCCUCGCAAAGCUCCAGCAGCCUCUCGACGCUGGCCAGCCCGUCCGUCUUCUCCUCCGUCUCGGGCACAGCCUCGCAACAGCCCUUCUCGGGCGUGCCCAUGCCGCCGUCGUCGCCCGCGCCGCAGGCCAACUACUUCGGCUCGCUACAACCCGAGACCCAGCAGGUCCAGCGCGCUGGUGCCGCCGCCGCGCCGCAAAUCAGCCGGACGGCCAGCUUGGAAUACCAGCCGAACCGCGAGGGCGCUGGCCGAACGGCGCAGGAGACGGUGACAUACCUCAACGAGUACAGCCUGGUCGCCGAGGCGGCAAAACGCGCGCAGAUGGCGGUGCUGAUGAGGGACAUGGAGGGCGUGGAGCUGUCAUGA